GAAGCCCGGCCCCGCGGAAGGAAUGGUUUCGGAAUUGUUUGUUUCUCUUCUGUAGGGGAGCUCUGCCUUGCUCUAGCUUUUACUCUGAGCGUGAGCCAUCACACGAGCUCCAGAAGCAGCUCGAGACCGGGAAGGAGAACAGGGCAGCCGGAAGGAAGGAUGAGGUACCUCUUUGACUUGAUCCUGUUGCUGCCCUUGCUCAUCGUCUUCUGGAUAGAGUCUCUGGUCAAGCUUUUUAUUCCCAAGAAGAAAAAAUCGGUCGCCGGAGAGAUCGUCCUGAUCACUGGGGCUGGUCAUGGAAUUGGAAGACUGACUGCCUACGAAUUUGCCAAACUUAACACCAAACUGGUGCUCUGGGACAUCAAUAAGAACGGCAUCGAGGAGACAGCUGAGAAGUGCAGAAAGAUGGGCUCCCAGGCCCAUCCCUUCGUGGUGGACUGCAGCAAGCGCGAAGAGAUUUACAGCGCAGCAAAGAAGGUAAAGGAAGAAGUCGGAGACGUCAGCAUCCUGGUAAAUAACGCUGGCGUCGUCUACACUGCAGAUUUAUUCGCUACACAGGACCCUCAAAUUGAAAAGACUUUUGAAGUCAACGUGCUUGCACACUUUUGGACCACAAAGGCAUUUCUGCCGGCGAUGAUGAAGAAUAACCACGGGCACAUUGUCACUGUAGCCUCAGCAGCGGGGCACACGGUCGUCCCCUUCCUGCUGGCUUACUGUUCCAGCAAGUUUGCUGCUGUUGGCUUCCACAGAGCCUUGACGGAGGAACUGGCCGCCUGGGGACGGACAGGGGUCAGAACAACGUGCCUCUGCCCUAACUUCAUAAACACCGGCUUCAUCAAGAACCCCAGUACCAACUUAGGUCCCACCCUGGAACCUGAGGAGGUGGUAGAACAUCUCAUGAAUGGGAUCCUCACCGAGCAGAAAAUGAUUUUUGUCCCAAGUUCUAUAGCGUUUUUGACGGUUUUGGAAAGGAUCUUCCCUGAGAGGUUCCUGAAAGUUUUAAAACACAGGAUCAAUAUUAAGUUUGAUGCAGUUAUUGGAUACAAAGAUAAAUGAUGAAGACUGCAUGAUUUGCUUGAAAGCUGCUUUACUCGGUCCAAGUUGAUUUCAUCAUAUUAAUCAAAUUUUUAAUGUCUUUAACUUCUGUUUUUCUUUUCAUCUUGUUUGCUCACUGUUUCCUUCUGAAGCUGUGACCAUAUUCAUGAAGGCCAGUUUCACAUCAUAGAACCAAACAGCCUUAAGAGAGUUUUCUUAAGAGAGUUUGCCUAUGGAAAGGAGGAAGGGGAGAAUGACUGAUUUCAUGAUAAUAAUAUUCCCAGAGUUUGUAGCUCAUCGCCAGAUUUUCAGAACUUGUGCUAUCAAUUUUUACUUAUAAUAUUUGUAAUUGUACUUUCAGUUUAUAUAGUUCUUCUAUUCCACAUAAAAUUAGAAACUUUAGCCUCUUGAGAUGGAAUAAAGGACUGUGUCUAGAGUCAUUUCACAGUGGUUUCAUGUGCCCUGAAACAUUCCAUCCCACGGAUCAGCACUGUUUCCCCAAGAUACCCCCCGGGGAAGCUGGGAGUGGAUGCUGCAGCAAAGAUGAAAGCAUCUGGAGGAUUUCAGGCCGGGGUGCAGUAAAACACACUUUAAAAAUGGCCAUAGUAAAUAAACCAAUGCUCAGUGUCUGCGUCUGCUGCCAAUAGAAGAUGGCUUGACCUUUACAUUAAAGGAAAAUCAGUUACGCUAUAAA